AUUCCGCUGGGUUAGGAUUUAUUUCGAUAAAGUUCAAUACUGUGCAUGUUGUUUGACGUUCCUCACAGAACCCAACAGCCCAGUCUCGAAGGCACCGUACAGAAUGGCACCAGAGGAGCUGCAAGAGCUCAAGUCGCAGAUCCAGGUACUUUUGAACCUUGGUUUCAUCCGACCGA